AUGUUCAGAAACAAUUACGACAACGACGCCGUCACCUUCUCCCCACAGGGUCGGAUAUUCCAAGUCGAAUAUGCACAGGAAGCAGUGAAGCAAGGAUCCGUUGUGGUGGGAUUGGUGAAUAAGACACAUGCCGUGCUCGUUGGACUCAAGCGCAACGCAGAAGAGCUCUCCUCGUACCAGAAGAAGAUCAUCGAGAUCGACUCGCAUAUGGCGAUUGCCAUCGCCGGUCUCGCCUCAGACGCCCGCGUUCUUUCAAACUUCAUGAAGCAGCAGUCCCUCGGCUCCAAGAUGACCUACGGCCGCCCGAUUCCUCUCGACCGAAUCGUCACACAGAUCGGAGAUCGCGCGCAAACCAACACUCAACACUACGGAAAACGCCCAUACGGUGUCGGCCUGCUGGUGGCUGGUGUUGACGAGGCUGGCCCUCACCUGUUUGAGUUCCAGCCUUCUGGAUUGACGCACGAGAUGGUGGCUUGCGCUAUUGGCGCUCGCUCACAGAUGGCACGUACGUAUCUGGAGCGGAACCUCGACAAGUUCGAGGACUGCAGUCGGGAUGAGCUGAUUCAGCAUGGAUUGAGUGCGUUGAAGGAGACUCUGUCUCAGGAUAAGGAGCUCACGAUCGACAAUACCUCGGUUGGUGUUGUCGGUGUGACUAAUGGAAAGAAGGAAAGCUUCAAGCUCUAUGAAGGCCAGGAAACGGCUGCGUUGCUCGAGGUGUUGGAGCAGCGUGAGUCUGUUGGUGCAGAGGGCGAGUCAAUGGAGGUUGAUUCAUAA